AUGGCCGCUAAGAAUGAUGCUGAUCCGCUAGGAGACGAAGAUUAUGACAACGCCUUGGAUAAUGACAACGGUGAAGAUUUCGAAGGAACAAUUGAAGAAGAAGAGCUUCUCGGCUCUGGAAACUAUGCGGAUGAGCUGAAAGAUCUUCAAAACGAGGGAGAAAUGUCAAUUGAAGAGUUGAGAAGAUUGUAUGGUUAUCCACCAGAAGGUGACUUGAAUACCUCAAAUGGAAAUGAUGACGAAGAUGAGGAGGAGGAAGAUCUGAACGAUGAUGAUGGUCCUUCUUCCUCGACUGCCGCUCGUGGAACUGAUCAAUACUUAUUUGAUAUCAACACAAAUUCUCUAAGCGGUCUCGAUGAUGAUGAUGAGGAUUAUGCUCCACCAGACACUUGGCGGAGAAAUGUUCGUGUUGAUCAAGAAAGAUAUCAGGCGGAAAUUCCCGAUAUUCUCUCUGAGGCUGAACGUUUGGCAUCAGAUGUUCGCGAUGACGCUAUUUGUCUAUGGUCGUGGGAGAAGACUUUGCCAGUUAGUGAUGAGCACAUUGACGAUUAUCUAACGAAGGUCGGCAUGUUGCGUAAGUCGCAUGAUCAAUACAUUUCGCCGAGAGCAAGCAAGACUCGUGAUGAUGAAGACGCCCUUUGCGCGUUUUUCCGACAUGGUUGUGAUGCCGAGAAAGCACUAAAAUCGUAUCCAUUCCCGAAAAUUAAUGCUCCUAUUCGAAGUGUUCGUCCUGAUGCUCUUUCAUGGGAUGAAAAGGAAGCGAAAAUAUUUGAAGAAUCAUUAGAAACUUAUGGAAAAGAUUUCUCGCUAAUACGCCGCCUAAAGCUUCCAUAUCGCAAAGUCGGCGAAUUAGUAGAAUAUUAUUAUCAAUGGAAAAUGACACCAGCGUACCGAAUCUGGCGAGAAGCUCAUCCGCAACACGUCACUGUCGUCCAGCCACAUGUCUCGGCGGCUGUCGUAGCCCAUGCAUUAUCGCAAGAAAAUUUUGCAAACGUCCCAACAACCUCAUCGAAUUCUUAA